ACAGUUUUUAGUUUGCAGCAGUCAUCAGUCAGCCCAGAGCCGUUCUGGUCUUUGGUUUAGCUCUUUGUCGAGGUUGACGUUUACUUAUUACUACGAUCGUUUUUGAUCAUCUACCUGUGAUUUAUCGAAACUAUAAAAAAAAACGACUAUAUAUUUCUUACGAAUCGUGUAUAAUAAAUCGUAAGUAUUUAAUACUAUUAUUGUAUUCGUAUUACUAUACGCCCAUACAAUAUAUUUGUUAUAAUUAUUUUGUUUAAUUCAUUACCUAGUACCUAUUCAUUUUGUAUUUAUUACUGAUAUUAAACAGAUCUGCACCAUGGUUUUAUACAACAAACCCAAGGUGGAGAAGCGCAAGCAAAUCAGUGUUAAGUCCAUCUCGGAUGUCGAGGAUGUCGUGGCCAUGAAAAAAACAUUUAACCGACAUCUCCACUUCACCCUUGUCAAAGACAGAAAUGUGGCCACUAUCCGGGACUAUUAUUACGCGUUGGCGCACUCGGUCAGGGACAGCUUGAUUUCACGAUGGAUCAGGACGCAACAGCAUCAGUAUCUGCUCAACCCAAAGGUGAGUGUCAUCCGUUCGGUACAUAAUAAUAGUGCCUUUAAGAACACGCAUUCAAUGGUGAUUGCGUAAUACCUAUUAUGAGGGACCACAGACCCGCGAGUACCUCCGAAAUAGGUGAAUCGAAUAUUGCGGGGGAAAAAAAAUAUAUCGAAGAGAUUAAUUUUUCUAAUCAAAAUCGUACAUUCUGUAGUAUCACCCCAUAUUAUCUAAGACAAAUUUAAUAAAAAAAAAAUGUUCGACUGACGAGUUCGAUUGUAUUAGUUGAUUAAGGUACCUAGGUAGAUAUUGUAUUUUAUAAGUGACUGUAUCAAAAACUAAAAUCAUAGACUUUUAACUACCUAUAGGUAUACGUUUAGGUAUUUCCAAUUUCCUAUAAAGCCAUUGGCUAAUAUAAAUAUAUACACGUUACAAAAAUUACCUAUACACUUUUUUUACAAUAAGUAGGUAUUCACCUGCUUACCAAAUGAUGCGUUUGCGAUUUUAAAUAAAACAAAUUAAUUUUUAUUUUUGUUCACCUCUAAACGAUUUAAUCGGACAUUUUAAUGAAAUUAAACACGCUAGUGGGCAUCUACUUAUUAUUAUUACAUAGUUCCCUUUGAAAAUUUUCCGAUUGUUGUUCUCUAGAUUAUUAUUCUUUUUUAUAUACCUAAGAAUAACAUAAAUACAAAAAUGCUAAACAAUUAUAUUACCUUAAUUUCAAUAAUGUAUUAUAUUAUGCCAAUUAUUGUGACUUUAUUGUAUUUUCUCCAUUUCAUUUUAAAAACUAAAGAAUAAAAAUAGUGAAUUACAUUAGGUGUUAUAAUAAUAAUAUUAUGCUUAUUUUAUUAGUUUUCUCCAUAGAAUAACUGGAUUUCUUAGUUUGAAUUGGACCGACCUUUUACGUUAAAUAUUAUAAUAGUUAAAUUUACUAAAAUUACGAAUAAAAUGGAAAAAUUGGUAAACUUUAAAUCCCUAAUUAAAAAUUAAAAUUAUUUAGAAUUUUAACCAAUUAAUUAAAAAAUGAUUAUUUAAUUCAUUAUCAUCUUAUUUGAUAAAAUUCAAUCUAAAUAAAUAUAACUAAGAUUAUAAAUGUUUAUUUUUAUUAAUUCAUUUAUAACAUUUAAUUGGGAAAAUCGUUUUAUUCAUAUGAACAAUUUUUGGAACAUUUCAAUGUUUUUAGUAAUAAUAUCUAACUAUAUUUAGUAUUAAAUAGGUACCUACUAAAGUCAAACUCUGAAAAAAGAAGAUCUUAGGGGUAGGUAUCGGUCAAGAACUUUUAACAGCUAAAAUAAAAUGAUACUCAAAAUAAAAUACAUACGAGUUUUUUCAGUUUAUCGUAAUCUGUUUUUGUUAUUAAAAUUUAAACAAACAUAUUUUGUUAAUGAAAAAUAAAUAAUUAAAAUAAGUAAAUAGUGGAUAAUCGAAUAAUAACUUCUAAAACGAUAUCACAUCAUUUGCACGAUAUUUUAAUCGAAAUUAAUUUUUAAAAUAUUUUUUAAAUAAUAUGUUUAUUUUAUUUUUGAAUUAAUGGUAGGUAACUACUUCAUACAAAACACAUAAUAUUUAAAAUUUGGUACCUACAAUAUGAAGAAUAAUAAAUUAUAUUGAAUAUUUAGCCUACCUAUAUUAUAUUAUUAGUAGUUCAGGUGUAUUUUAAUAAAACGUCGAGAAUCUAUAUAAUAAUUUUUUAAAUUAAAUAUAAUGAGUUUCUCACCUUAUGAACGUGCUUAAAAUCUCACAAAAAGAAAAAAAAAAUUGAAUUAAUACAUUUCUAAAAAAAUAAUAAUAAUAAAACACUUAUAAAUCAUUACAAUAAAUAUUAAUAAUGAGUAUUAGGCAUCGGAAGUAUAAUAAUUCAUGUUGGUACCUAAUAUAUUUGUGUAUAAUAUUAAGUAUUUAUAUUUGUUUUUUUUAAAAAUUGCAUUUAUUAAAUGUUGGUAUUCUACGUUGAUUUUAUUAACUGCGAUAUAUUGUACACUAGCUGCUGUAGAUUAUAAAAAAAAAAGAAUAGUGUAGACGAUGACUGGUUCAAUAUUAUUAAAUAUUAUAUAAUAUUUAAAUAGUGAUAUAAUUAAUAAUAAUUAUAAACUUGUGUAUUUGCUAUUGAUAAAUAUUUAAUUUAUUAAUUUAUCGUAAUAUUAUAAACGUGCAGCUAUAAAUAUAUAUAUAGUUAAUUUUUAUUGUACAAAAGUUUUUUAGCACGAGCAUCGGUAACGAGAUUAUAAUUUUUUUUCCUUAAAGCGGGACGCCUGUAUACCUACAUAGCGAUUAGCGAUGAGUAAAGCACGGCAAUUAUUAUUAUUUUUCGCGUAGAACGAAACUCCGAACAGUAAACACAAUAUUGUAAAACGAGACAAAUUAUUCAAAAAUAAAUUAAAUAUUGGAUUUAAUACAUAUCUAAUAAACAUAAUGCGUUGUAUUAUGUUUAUUUAUUUUAAAUUAGAAAAUAAAAUAGAGAAUAGAGCUGAUAUUGCUUGUGCAGUAAGUGGGUGGGCAGUUGGUUUUCUAUCAUUAUUUUUUUUUCUUGAUGAGCGGUGAUGUAUUCGGCCGUCAAAUCAAACACAGUAACUAACAUUCUUAUCAUUUUUCAUGUGUUGAUAUACAUUUUUGUUAAAAUUUAAUUGCCCAGAUGAUUUGAUAUUACACACUUUUGGUUGAAAUAUUUGUGCUAGAUUUGAAUUAUACUUUGAAAUUGCAAUAACUCGUAAGCCACCCGUGUUAGACAAAUCACUAUAUCUGUACAAUUUGUAAAAUGUUUGUUAUUAUUGUGUUUCAUGUUUCGACAGCUAUAGUUUUUUUGUGCUGCGGUCAAUAAACACGUGCUCUCUUUUUCAAUAGAAUGCAUUUCUAUAUUAAUUUUUUUUCCAAAGCUGGUAUUUUUGCUUUCUUUGAGAUAAUGGGACGUAUGGUCACGUUAGCUAUGGGUAUCUACAAAAACAUCUAAUAUAAUGCUGAUUUUUAUCAUAUAAAAGGUAUAGGAUCUCACUAUAUAUACAUUUUUUAAAAUGUUCAAUUUUGAAAAUUUAUUUUGCACAAAAAUGUACAAUAGUACUUAUAUAAGUUAUAAAUGUAUAAUGGUUAUAAUCAAGUAGGUACCUUUUAAAUAACAUUUCUAUUUGUGUUUUAAUGAUAAAACAUCUUAGAUGAUUUAAACAAUAAUAUAUCUACUUAUCUAAUUCAAAUCACAACAAUUCCAAUUACGAAAAUAAAUUUGAAUGGUCAUUAUAUAGGGUUUGUUUUUACUGCAAUAACUCUGUAUAGCUUGAUACUUACUAGGUACUUAAUCUAUAGGUUCAAAUUUUAUUAUUUCAAUAUAUUUAUAUUAAAUUAAAUGUAUUAUUACAUGAAUACUUACAAAUUUUCCAGAAAUCAACUUUUUCUUGAAAAUCUACUGAAUGUAAACAUACAUGAUUAUGUAUAUAAUAUGUAGAAGUACAGUGUAGCAGCAAAUUCUCGAGUUAACGACCAUCCAACGCUGUUUUGUUACUACAGUACCUACUAUUGAAAUCAUACCUCCAUAAAAAACUAAACCGACUAUAUAAUGAUAAUGUUUGAAUUUAUAGAAAUAUUUGCAAAAAACUUCCACACAUACGCAAUAUACGUGCUUUAUCUUAAUAUUUCACUUGAUAUCGUACAGAAAACUGUACUUAUUUAUUUUUAUACAGUUGAUAAAGUAAAUGUAUACUGAUUAAGUAUUUAAAAUAUUUAAACUACGUACUUAGUUUAUUGUUAAGUCAUAAUAUAUAACAAACAAUUUUGACUACCUAUCAUGAUAAUUCAUAAUAAUAUUAAAUAAUUGUAAUUGUAAUCUUGAUUAUUGUCGAAAAAUUAUUAUAUACCUACCAGACACCUGUAUAAUUUACUAAAUAAUACUUGAACAUUACUUAUAUCAAUUUUUUUACAUAUUAAUUAAUACAAUAAUACCUAAAUGGAAAUUCAUAUACCUAAGUAAAUUUAGUAAAUUAAAUUUUAUUCGGGUUCCUAUUGUACAUACUCUGCACUUAUGAUUAUAAUUGUAUGACUAAAACUUUAGAAUACAAAGAAGUAUAUGAUUAUAAUCAUUUGAAAAUUAUUAUUAAUUAUUUAAGUACCUACUUAUUAUUUUUAAAUUUAAACUAUAUUGUAUACAUAUACUCAAAUUGGCAUGUAGAAUAAAAUUCUGUUAUUUGAAAAUUUAAAAUUAAAUUAUUUUAACAUAAGUAGGGAGGGGAGAAAUAAAGAUGAUGAUUAAAAAUGAAAUAAUAAUAACCCACCUGAAAAUUAAAUUAAGAAAGUUAAAUUCACAUAAGUUAACAUGGUUGUUGACUUUUAACCUUGAUGAAGGUGGUUUUAAAUAUAUACACAAGAAUCUGGCAACACUGAAAGAUUUUUUACAUUUGCAUAAUAUUAUUAAAGUUGUAUUAUAAAGUCAUACUAAAAUUUAUUAAUUCAUCAUUUUAGUGGAUAUUCUACCAAAUAUUUUUUCUUAUUAUAAUAUUAUCAUCAAAAAAUAAACGUUUUAUAGGUACCUAUAUAAUUAACUACAAAUACAUUUAUAGGUACUUAAAUUAUAUUUCAAUACUAUGUAUUACUUACUCAUUAUUACUUACUGAUGUGAAAGUUAUUCUGUUAUGCUGAAUAGUUAAAAUGUUUGAACAUUUGAGCAUUUUACAGCUAUUAAAUUCCAUUUUUGGUGAUAUAUAGUACCUAUUCCACACAAUUAGCAAUUGUUCCAAUUGAGGAGUUAAUUUUUUUAUUUUCUUUGUUGUAAAAUUAUUCAGGAAAUUUGUGUAACAUGUAUAGACAUUUGAAUGUUUCGAGGUUUUUAGUUUUUAUUUAGUUUUAUGUGAAUAUAAUUUUUUAUUGUUCUUAAAAUUGUUCAACAAUUUAAUACAAAGUUCAUUUUAACCAUUAGUGCCUUAUGAGACUAUAAAAAUAUCUAAAAUCCAUAAUAAUUUAUCCAAUGUAAUUUUUUUACAUAUAUAUAUAUAUAUAUAUAUAUAUUAUCAUUCAAGUUCAAAUUUUGAUGAAAAGAAUAAAAAUCACCGUAUUUCAAAUACUAUUUUCGCAAUUUGUGUGAAUUCUAUUUUUUUACCUUGUGAAAAUAAAUAUUUCAUUUUUUGACCUAAGUUCAUCAUAAGUUGAACUUGUGGUAAAAAAAAGUGAAUAUAUGAUAAAUGAAAACCCAAAUUAUAAUAAUAUCAUAUUUGAUUCGAUUAAUCUAAAUAAAACCUAAUUUAAAAUAUUAUAAAUCUAUCUACAAUUUUUAUGAAAUCCCUAAUAAUUACUAGAAAAGUACUAGCAUUAGUAUCUACCUACUAUUGUAGUGUACUAUAGACAAUAGAAGUUAAAAAAAAAAUGAACUGUAGCCAAACGUUUUUGCAUUAAUGUCUUAAAUGCCCUUCAUUGUUGCUUAACAGUUUGUUUAUCUACAUACUUGUUUGUAUGCUGAAAAUUAUAUAUUUUCAUUUAGAACCUAAGUUAGUAACAUAUUUCUACUAACCUAAUUAUUUAAUAUUUUAAUAGAACAUUAUAGUCAAGCAUAAAAAAUUAUAUUUAUUUUAUAUUUUAUUAAAAUGUAUAAAUAUUAGUACCUAUCUCCACUGUAGUAUAUAGGUAAUAUAUGCUAUGUAUUAUAGAUAUGACAUUUUAAUUGGAAAAUUGAAAUUAAUAUGUUUAAAGUUUAGGUACAAACAUGAUCUUGAAUAUCAGUUAUCUAUGUCUAUAUUAUUAAAUGACUUUUGAACGCAAUUGACCUAAUUAUUUAGGUACCAUAGCCUAUAGGUAUAAAAAGCUAAUCAAGUUAUAAUUUGUUAACAUAAUUCUUAUGUGUAUUGGAUAAAUGCCAACGUCACAUUGUUAAUGUGGUAAUUAUAAAUAUUAAACUGAUAUUUAUUUAUUAACCUUGAAUUUAUUAUACAAUUUUAAUGAGGAUGAGUUAUGACUAUUUAUAUUUUAUACAAAUUUAAUGUGAAUUAAAUAAAUUGUUUCUAAAAAUAUGCUGUACCUAUACUGUAGCAUGAACUAUAUAAUUAUAUAUAUACACUACAGAACGUGUAGAUACCUUUUUUUGUUUUCGUUUAUAGUCAAAAUUGAUUUUUAUACCGAUAAACGUAAGAUUUAUAAAUAUAUCCAAUGGUGAAAUUAAAAUCAAAAUAUUAUUAAUGUAUUUAAAUAUUUUAACAUGACAUGACAUUUAUUUAGCUUAAUUUUUUGAAUAAUCUAUGUACUACCUAUUAAUUCGGAUAUAAUCAGAUAUCUAGUAUAUUUUAUUGAAGGAUAUUAUAUUUUAAAUUCGUUGAGCAAAUAUUUUUAGAAUAGCGUACCUAAUGUUAUAAAAAAUGAUAUUUCGGUUUAAUAAAAAUAUUGAUGUUCGAUAAUAUAGUAUUCAAUAAUUAUAUACCAUUUUUGAAACGUAUAAGUUUAUUUGAGUGAAAUAUAUCAUAAUAAUAUAAUAUGUAUUACCUAUUAAUAAAUUAUAAUUACGAGGUACAGAUAGGUACUUUUUGUAAAUAUCAUAUUGGUUGGUAAGGUGUACAAAUAUAAAACUUUCGUAAUGUAAACAUAAAUCUAAUCGAUUACCUACCUCUAGUAUACAGGCUACAAUAUUUACAAAUAUGCAAGUAUUGUGAAAUCGACAAUGAUUAAUUUCAUUCGCACUUUUAGUAUUAAUAACAUUCAUAUUAAACUGUACGAUAAGAAUAAAUUGGUAAUCGGCGUGAUGCAUGAUAUUGGCCUACGAAAUUAAAAUAGCACGCAAGAUGCAACGCGUACGCGUUAUAGUACCGAUAGUUUCUAUUAUAUCGAUGCUAUUUUGUGCUGUAUUCGUCUACACUGUUAACGAUAUUGGCCUAGCGAAUAUGUAUUUCCGUCGGUUUUCUAUAAUAAUAGUCUGCCCGCGACGAGGCGUUUGUCGUCGCCUGUUGGACUCAGUUCUUGUCGUACUUUCGGUACAACACUACACCAUAAUCGUCAUAUUGUCACGUGACACAAACGCGCGCGCUCCGCUCGCAUUAUUAUUUUAAAUUGAUCGCAAAUUUAUUUACCGGCAUCGACCCAAUCGACAUCAACAUCAUCAUCAUCAUCAUGCCGUUGGCGCAAAUCGAACAGCUGCGCAAGCAAAUCAGCGUGGCGUCCAUCGCCGGUCUGGAAGACGUUAUCUCGAUGAAAAAGUCUUUUAACCGACACCUGCACUUUACGCUGGUCAAGGACAGGAACGUGGCGACGGCCAGGGACUACUUUUUCGCGUUGUCCUACAUGGUCAGAGAUAAUCUGACUUCCAGAUGGAUACGUACUCAACAGCACUAUUACGAGAACGAUCCAAAGGUGAAGCGGCGAGCAUUGCAUAGUAACGAUUAAAGAACAUAAUAUUUUCGUCUUGGCCUAAUUAUUUGCGUUUAAACGCAUGUUUUCUAAAAAUAUACCCACAGCUCAUCGCCGCCGUCGACACGAUAAACGAGUAGAUUUUUUUCAUUACAAUAUUAUAAAGCUAUUUUCUAUUUAGCGUGCGUAUAAAACUUCCAACAGAAAUCAUUCUUCAAUCAAAAAACGAUAACAAGACAUUUUUUUGUUGCAUUGUGAAUUUAGUACAAUUAGAAGUUCAUUUUUAUAUUUGUACGACCAUCGAGAAAAAAACAUAGGAAAAACAUAAAAAGUUUACGGCAUUAACGGUUUCAUUAAAUUCGAUUUUGUUUUUGUUAUUUAUAGUUGUAAAUAAUCUUAAAGAUUUUCGAGAUAUUUUAAGGUUUUUGAUAUUUUCUAGUUUUAUUUGAGGUUCUUUAGGUAUAAGUUGUGUUUGGUGGCUUAAAAAAAAAAAAAUAAUUAUAAAAUGUAGUUUUUUUUUUUUUUAUAAUCGUUUUAAGAUCAAAUUUUGACGAAAAUCUUAAAAAUUACGGAAUUUCAAAACACCUAGAUACUUAUAAUAUAUAUGGCAAACCUCUAUCAGGAUUAUAUUUCAAUAGUAAUUGUUUAUCAUUGCCUACAGACAUAAAUCAAAGGACUUGAUGUAUUCUAUCCUAAGAGGUAGGACAAGUCUUACCAUUGAGACAUCCCAUCCACAACAGUGAUCAGGGUCGUGGAGAGAGAAAUCUUGGUGGGUUUUUGAUUCACGAUUUUGAUAUUAUCGGGCUUAAAACCGAUAAUAUUUUUUUUCUUGCAUAUUAUAACAUUAUAAUAGGUAUAGGUAUAUUCUUUUUGAAAAAAUUCGGAACAAACCUGAUAUUAAGUAAAAUAGCAUGUGUUUUCCAUUAUGUUCAUCAUCUUUUUUUUUAUAUUUAUAUAGAAAUAUUAAUAUAUCUUCUUAUUUAUGACUGGUUGACUGUAAGUAAAAUUAAAUGCCGGAUCCUCUCAAACUUACCCUGCUGAAAUUUAUUAUGAAACAUUUAUUUUUCGAUUACAAAUUACUUCCUGUAAUUUCCAAUUCGAGUCAUAUAAACAUAUUAUAAGAUUAUUUUUUAUUUAAGUAUAUCAUAUGAGUAGAAUACAAAUCAUGAUAGGUAUAAAUGAUAAUAUAUGAUUACAAAUUAGUUAAUAAAAUAUACAUAAAUACAGAUCAAACAAAAAUAUGAGUUGAAAUUAAAAUUAGAUUAUUAUAAAUUAUAACUACAUUUAAUACAUUUUUGUUAAGUAAGAUAGUACCUACAAAAUAUUAUUAAAAAGUAUUUUCAUUAUAAAAUGAUAAUUAAUUAUUAUAGUAAACUUUCGUACUUUUAUAAUAAUGUUGCAAAAAAUAUAUUCAUGUUAUUAUCUUAUUGGUCCAUUGAACAUAUUAUGGUUAGGUACUUUUUUUAUUAUACCCACCUAUUUCAUUGCAUCUAUUUUAAUUUUUUUCACUUUCAAUAGGUAGUUAGUUUAAUUAUGCUUUAUCUAUAUUUUUUAUAACUAAAUCAGUACAUUAUUUUUACAUGAUUAUGUAAUUGAAAAAUAUAUCUACUUGAAAUAUGUUAUUCAAUUACUGAUCUAGGUAUUAAUUUUGAAUUUAUAUAUCAUUCAAAUUAAAUUAUAAAAAUUAUUGUCAAUAAAUUGUAUGAGACAGGCUUUAAAAAAGAAAAACACUAUAGAGUUUUAAAAAUUUUUCUGUUUAAAAAAUGUGUAUAGUUCUUUAGUUAGAUCAAUAUUUAGUUGGAUAAUUGAUUUGGUCUAAUAAUUAUUCAACUUUUAUUAAUAAUCUUAUUAAUGUCCAGUAUAUAUUUUUGAAAAUAAUUACUUGUAUAACUUAUUGUUCUACCUCUAAAGACUUUCCAUUUGGUCAGGAUUCUAUAGAUUGAUUCCCUUUCUAUUAGGAUUUUUUUAAUGGAUAUAAUGUUUGUACCUAUAUUAUAAUUUAAAUGACUAUAAUAGCAAUUGCUCAGACAUUUUAAAAUUAAUUGGAUUCAGAAUCCAUAGUAGGAUUACACGCCAUUCUGAUUUAUUUUAUAUAGGUACUUAAAUUGAAAACAAAUUGUGGUAAACAUUUUUUUUUUUCACAAGUUCUUUUAAAUCUAUAAAUUCUUUGUUUUAACACAUUGUGUUUUUAAAGUUACAAUGUUGUUGUUUUUUAAAAAAAAAUGAAGAUUUAAUGAUUUAAAAUCUAUGAUAUUUUUAUUGUAUACAUUUUUUUUCAUUAUUUGUAUAGGUAGGUACUUAUAUUUCUAUAUAUUUUUUUUUCUUCCUGUAUUAUUAUUAUUUUGUAAAUUUACAUGUGUCAAUUAUCUGUAUAAAUUCUGAAUUUUUUAUAGAAGGGUUGAUUAUAAUAAAUAAUAUUAUUCAUAUAGUUAUUUUGAAAUCAAUUUACACCAUUAGUUUUAAAAUGAUCAAGCGAUACAGUUAAUAAGUAGGUAUCAAAUUUAUUUUCCGGUGGAAUUGCACUUGGUCAUACUAUUAUCUUUAAUUUUUGAAUAAUUAAACCGCAGUGGGCUAAAAUAAUAUUCAGGGUUUUAAAAUAAUGUGAAAUUUAUUUUUUUUUUUAGUUUUCAUAAAAAUAAAUAAAUACAAAUAUAAUAACAUAAACAACAGCAAAAACAUAAUAUUAUAUACAAAUUAUUUUUUCUAAUACAUUUAUAAAUAAUACAAUUAACAACAUCAGUAUUAUGUACCUAAAGAUAUACUUAUUAUUAAUGUAUAUAAUAAAAAUUGUACCUAGCAUAUAGGUAAUAUUAUACAUUAUAUGGUAAUAAUAUUUUUCAUAAUUCUAUUAAAAAUUUUAAAUGAACUAUUCCCGAUUUAAAACACUAAUAAUAAUACUUUUCUAUCAAAUGAUGUUAUUAUAUUAAUGCUUUAUUGGCUGUAAUUAUUUUACACUCACACAUUUAAAAUAAACUAUAUUUUCAAAACAUUUAUGUAUGCAUCACUGGGGGCUUAAUAUCAUUGUCUGUUCACAAUAAAAUUCUCUGAAAGUCACAGCAUUUCAUGAUCCGUAUAACAGGUAUAGAUCGCCAAAAUAUAAGCCAAUAACAUAAUUUUGGACCUUUACAUUUUAAUUAAGUGAUAAUAAUAUAAAAUAAUUUGUUUUUAUUUUAAAUCAUUGAAAAGUUAUUAGUUAUUACCUAUAUAAUGUAUAAUUCAUUUCAAAUUUACCUAUUUUAUUAGUUGUUGUGAUUUACUUAGAAACUUAAAAAAAAUACUGUCAAUAUAAGUGUAGUGUGUGGUAUGUUUAUAUCAUUUUUGAACAGUGUUUUUAAAUUUGAAAAUAAAAUUAUAGAGCUAAGAACUUAUUGUUAAAUCUAGUAUAUAAUUUUCAUAAUAUUAUUAUGAUUUAUUUUGUAGAACUGUUUUAUUAUAUUUAUAAUCAAAUAAUAUAAUUGAGUAAAAUUACACUAUAAUUGAUAAAAUUUUUAUAUGGCUACCUAUAUAAACAAAACUAAACUAAAUAUAAAAAUUACUUGCAGAAUAUUUUGUCUAAGUUACAAUAAUAAUAGACAUUUUAUUUAUCUCUUAGUUGUGCUAAUUUUGCUACUUUCCCGAUUAUUGAAUGCAUACUAGGCCUUAGUUUGGUUAGGAUUUACUAAACCAGAUUAAAUUAAUAACUUAUUAUUUUUUAUAGCGUAUUUAUUAUUUAUCAUUGGAGUUCUUGGUUGGUCGUUCUCUUCAGAAUACCAUGAUUAAUUUGGGUAUUCAAAGCAGUGUAGAUGAAGCAUUAUACCAAAUGGGAUUAGAUAUUGAAGAAUUGGAAGACCUUGAGGAAGAUGCUGGUUUGGGUAAUGGUGGAUUAGGUCGUUUAGCCGCUUGUUUCCUCGAUUCCAUGGCUACAUUAGGUCUUGCAGCUUAUGGCUAUGGUUUGAGGUAUGAGUAUGGUAUAUUUGCCCAGAAAAUUGUAAAUGGAGAACAGGUAAAUUUGAAAAAAAUUAUUAGUAUUUUUUAAAUCCAACAUUGGUUUAUGUUAGACAUAAUAUUACAGACUGAAGAACCAGAUGAUUGGCUUAGAUUUGGAAAUCCAUGGGAAAAGGCCAGACCUGAAUAUAUGUUACCUAUUCAUUUCUUUGGUAGAGUACUGGAUACACCAACUGGCAAAAAAUGGAUUGAUACUCAAGUAUGUAUAAUUUUUACAUUGUGUUAUUUAAAAUAUUGUAAAUAUUUGUAUUAUAGGUUGUGUAUGCAAUGCCGUAUGAUAGUCCAGUACCUGGUUAUCAGAACAAUAUUGUUAACACUAUGCGAUUGUGGUCUGCCAAAUCUCCAGUUGAAUUUAACUUGAAAUUCUGUAAGUCAAAUUGUAUAAAAGUACGAUUUAAUUUUUAAAAAAUUUAAUUUUGUUCAACUAAAAUUAUGUUUUUAUGUACUUAUUAUAGGUGUUUAAAUAAUUUAUUUUUACAAUUAUUUAUUGAAUAUCAUUUUGUUUUCAUUUUUUAGUCAACGACGGUGAUUAUAUUCAAGCUGUUCUCGAUAGAAAUCUAGCUGAAAACAUUACCCGUGUAUUGUAUCCAAAUGAUAAUUUAUUUGAAGGCAAAGAGUUGCGUUUGAAACAAGAAUAUUUCUUGUGUUCAGCAACACUUCAAGUAAAUAUAUUAUUUGAAUGAUAAUGGCAAAUUGAGUGCCUAAUAAUAUUAAUGAUCAUAUGUUUAUUUAGGAUAUUAUUCGAAGAUUUAAAGCUUCCAAAAAGGGGCCUCAACCACGUACAGAUUUUGUCGAUUUUCCAAAUAAAGUAGCCAUGCAGUUAAAUGACACUCAUCCAGCAUUGGCUAUUCCUGAAUUGAUGAGAAUUCUUAUUGACAUUGAAGGUUUGUCAUGGGAGCAUGCAUGGGAUAUCACUUUGAAAACAUGCGCAUACACCAAUCAUACUGUAUUGCCUGAAGCUUUGGAGCGGUGGUCUGUAUCAUUGAUGGAAUCAAUAUUGCCUAGACAUAUGCAAAUCAUAUAUCAAAUCAAUUUCUUACACUUACAAGUAUAUAAAAUAAAAAUAAUUUUAAUAUGUAAGUAUUUUGUUUAUAUAUUUUUAUUUUGCGCAGGAUGUUCAAAAAAAAUGGCCAAGUGAUAAUGCUCGAUUGAAGAGAAUGUCGUUAAUUGAAGAAGACGGGGACAAAAGAGUGAAUAUGGCCCACUUAUCUAUUGUUGGAUCUCACGCUGUUAAUGGUGUAGCACGUAUUCAUUCAGACAUCAUUAAGAAUGACUUGUAAAUAUUAUUAAUUGUCAUUAUUGUUUUGUCUACAUAAUCAAUACUCAUAAUUCUUACAAUUUUAAUUUUAACAGUAAGUAAUUUCAAUGUAAAAUUUAAAAAAAAAAUUCCUACAUUGCAGAUUUAGAGAUUUCCAUGAGUUAUCACCAGAAAAGUUCCAAAACAAAACUAAUGGCAUUACUCCGCGUAGAUGGUUACUUCUCUGUAAUCCAAAUUUGUCAGAUAUCAUAGGAGAGGUAUCUAUAUUAUAAAUAUUUAAUACCAUGUGUAAUAAUAUAUAAUUAAUAUAAUACCUACCUAUUAUUAGAUUGUUGUUACAAUUUACAGAGUUAUUCUUUUGGAGUUCAUAUUUUAACUAUUAUUAAUAUUUUUAGAGAAUUGGUGAUAGUUGGAUCACACAUUUGGAUGAGUUAACAAAGCUUAAUGAACUUGUUAAUGAUCAGAGUUUCAUAUUAGAUAUUCAGAAAGUGAAACAAGAAAACAAAAUGAAACUUGCUCAUUGGUUAGAAAGUGAAUAUAAUGUUAAAAUAAAUGUCAAUUCUAUGUUUGAUAUUCAAGUAAUUUACUAUACCUAUUAUUUUAUUUUAUUUCAAACAAUAUUUUUUUUUAGUCAUAAUUCAUUAACAAUAUUUGUUGUAGGUAAAAAGAAUUCACGAAUACAAAAGGCAGCUGUUAAACUGCUUGAACAUAAUUACCCAAUAUAAUAGGAUAAAGAAAAAUCCAGAUGGAGAAUUUGUACCACGAACAAUUAUGAUUGGAGGAAAAGUAAGUUAUCAAAAUCAAACAUUAGAUAUAUGUUUCCAUAAUUAUAUGUGUGGACAUAGACCACAGGACAUUGUAUUACAUAAAAAAAAUUCCAAUAAUUUUCAUAGCAUUAAUAUCUUUAUACAUGUUAACAGAUUGAAAUUUAGUUGAAUAAUAUUAUGUUUUUAGAAAAUACCUUAGUUAAAAAAUUCAAAUUUACUAUUCAUAAAUAUGUCAAUUAUGUUUUAGGCUGCACCAGGAUAUUACAUGGCCAAAAAAAUUAUCAAGCUUAUAAAUUAUGUUGGCAAUGUGGUUAAUAAUGAUCCCGUGAUUGGAGACCGUUUAAAAGUUUUGUACUUGGAAAACUAUCGAGUAACUUUUGCUGAAAAAAUUAUACCAGCCGCAGAUCUUAGUCAACAAAUAUCUACUGCUGGUACUGAAGCAUCUGGUACCGGAAAUAUGAAAUUUAUGGUAAAUAUAAUAUAUAGAUUAUGUAUAAAAAAUGUAUUAAUAUUAUAAUGAUAUGUAUGUUAAGUUAAACGGUGCACUUACUAUUGGCACAUUGGAUGGUGCAAAUGUAGAAAUGGCUGAAGAAAUGGGUCCUGAAAACAUGUUUAUUUUUGGAAUGACUGUUGAUGAUGUAGAAUUAUUAAAACGAAAAGGUUAUAAUGCUUUCACAUACUAUGAAUCUAUACCAGAACUUAAACAGUGUGUUGAUCAAAUUCAAAAUGGAUUCUUCAGUCCCAACAACCCCGACGAGUUCAAAGACAUAGUAGAUGUUCUUCUCAAGUGGGACAGGUAUCACUUUUCAAUUAUAAUAAUAUAUUGAACUAUUUAGUAUUACUUUUAUUUUAGAUAUAUUGUUUUUAGUUUUGAAUUAAUUGGUUUUACUUAAGUUAAUGUAUUUCUGUUUUACAGAUUUUUCUUAUUGGCUGAUUAUCAAGAUUACAUCAAAACUCAAGAUAAAGUUAAUGAAAUAUAUAUGGUAAGAAAAGAAAAUAACUUACAAUUUUAUACAAUGCAUACAUUUGUUUUAUUUUUUAUUAAUAGAAUCAAGAGUUAUGGACAAAGAUGUGCAUACGUAACAUUGCCGCCUCUGGGAAAUUCUCAUCAGAUCGUACAAUCGAAGAGUACUCUAGAGAAAUUUGGGAUGUCGAACCAUCAUGGGAUAAACUACCCGCUCCACAUGAACGUAUUGCCGAUCUUCCCAAACAGUAAACAAUACAAUAAUUAUAAUAAGUCAUUUUUUUUUUAUGUAAUGAAAAAGAAAAUAUAUUUGAAGUAUAAAAUUUAUUGUCUUCUAUGAAAAAUUGUGUUCCUCACUUUAGUUUUGAAUUAAUUUUUUUUUCUUUUAUGUAAUUUUAACAAUUAAAUUAUUGAAUUAUACAUCAGUUUUAUUUUAUUCAGUUCAAUUAUUAUUUAUUGUAUUCAUGCUUUUUUAAUUAUUAAGUUAUUUUAAUGAUUUGUGCAUACACUAUCUUUUGUCAUAUGUCAUUUAAAAUUGUUUAAAAUAUAAAACCAAAAGCCAAAAUUAAUGAUGCUUGCGGUAGAAAAAAAAAAUUGAUAAUUUUUCACUAAAUUUUAUCCUUUAUUUCUUAUAUUAUAAAUUAUAAUCCUGUAAAAAUUGCUAAACAAUUAAUGCAUGAUUAUCUGUUACUUGAAUUUCAGAAAAUUAAAUAAUGGUUGUGCCACCGUUAAAGAUAGGAAGGUUGAUUACACAAAAUUAUUUAAUAUACACCUUUAAGAACGAUAAACUAUGGUUACCAAAAAAACGAUUCGGG